AUGGACCGCACGCCUGGUGCCCUACCCGAUCGCCCCCUCCCGUCUCCCGACUCGCUUCUGACCUUCGCGGCAUCCGUGGCGGCGGCUCGCCUGCGCAGGCGCAGCAUAUCUACGUAUGAUUGGGGCCUUAAUACUGGUUUCACGGAACUUGAACUCCAUCUUGGUACUAUAUUGAUGAUACCUUAUACCGUAUUGCAUAAGGGAUUUAUGGAUUCAGAUCCUGGGUUCGUCACUGGGAGGAUGGAAUCAAAGGUAGUUGAAUGGCUUCAAGUGCACGGGGGCAUCAUGUUUCGGCAUCUCAAAGCACUAACUAUAAGCCCUGCACUGGCAUCUGGUGUGACCAGUCAGCAUCACCAGCUUCAACAGCGUGCGCCAGUGAGUGGCACAGCCAAAGGAAAGGCUAAGCUCAAAGCAGGUCAGCCUUUGAAGCGUUCCACCAUCGGAGCGAAGAAAGGGGCACCUUCCACUGGUGGAGGUGGCGGCGGCCGUGGUCGUCGUGAGGCCAUUGAGCGCAUUACUAAUAUUUCAGAGUCUUGUCUCAAUGCCUCUACUCCGCUGCGGCACUUGUUCCCCAAGGAGCGUCUUCGCGAAGCUAAACGUGAGGAACUGGGACUUGUCUCCAAGGAGAGGCAACGCGAGCUUGAUGUAGCCAAGGCCAAAGCUAAAGCCAAAUCCAAAGGUACUGGUGGAGGUGAAGGAGACCGUGUGCUUAUGGGUCCACCAGGCCUUGACUAUAUCAGUCUUGGGCUAGUUGAUGAGGAGGCAAUCCCCAAGUAUGAGCUCACAGUCGAGGAUGGUCGGCGACUUGCCAAAGAGUACAGUCGUGUGCUAAUGCGGCGGCACCGUGCAAGGCAAACAGCAGAGUCAACGCUUCUGACCCUAAAAAAGGAGGCCAUUGCUGCUCUCCCUGAGAAACUGCGAGCUGCUGCUAUGGUACCUGACAUGACACCAUUCCCUGCAAACCGGUACAUGGCGACACUCACACCACCAAUUGAAGGAUAUAUUGAAAAGGUGCGGGAAGCGGCCAAGAAGCACUCUGUGAAGGAGAAACUUCGCUGA